GACCGGCUUGGUAUAAAUACCUUGAGCCCAGUGCCCUGGGAAGCAGCAGCAGCCGCUCAGACAGACAGACUCCACAUCUAAAGGAUAUAAGAGUGCCGGGACAGCAGCCUCCCGACCCCCACACUGUUAAGGAGCGUAAACCUUCCCGGUUUAGCUUCCCAAGAUGGACCUGAGGGUAACAAGCGUUCUCCUCGUCCUCCUGGCCCUGGCCGAGGCGACCCCUGAGAGAUACUACCAUGUACCCAAAGUGAGCAAGGCUCCCUACCCCGUCAAGAGUCAUGCCGUUGCAGGUCAGGAUGGUCCUCAAGGUCCUCCAGGUGAGCAAGGACCAAUGGGACCACCUGGACCCCCUGGAAAGAGUGGUGUAGGACAUGCUGGACAACCAGGCCCACAAGGGCCACCCGGACCCCCUGGCCACUCUUAUCCAGGUAAACCCGGUGCCCCAGGGGGAAAUGGAAAACCAGGUAGUCCUGGCAUUCCCGGUGAGAGAGGUUCCACUGGAGCACCUGGACAAAUGGGUCCCAGGGGUGGACCCGGUACACCUGGAUCCCCUGGACCUGCUGGACUUACUUCUGUUGGAAAACCUGGACCAGGUGGCAUUCCUGGAGCAAUGGGACCAAGAGGAGAGGCUGGUUUUAAGGGACAUCCUGGUAUUCCUGGUAUUCCUGGUCUCAAGGGAGAGAGAGGCAUUGGAGUCCCUGGGGUUCAAGGGGCAUCAGGACCAGUUGGACCAAUGGGCCCAUCUGGCAUGCCAGGCAAACCUGGAGUUGGUCAAACUGGUGCCACUGGCUACCCAGGAGAGCCUGGCAAGUCUGGCAUUCCAGGAAGAGAUGGUGCUCCCGGUGCAAGUGGUAUGCCAGGAGCAAAAGGUCACACAGGAGCUCCAGGCACAGGUGCAUCAGGAAAACCAGGCCAGAAUGGUACCCCAGGCAUGCCCGGACCUAUGGGUGCUAAAGGUCCACAAGGUCCAGCUGGUCAGCCAGGCUCCCCUGGCAUGCCAGGAGUUGGCAAGACAGGUGAAUCUGGAAUUCCAGGUGGCAGAGGAUCUCCCGGUAGUCCUGGAACAACUGGUCAGAAAGGAGAGCCAGGUCCUACUGGUUUUACUGGUCAAUCAGGUGCUCCUGGUCCUAUUGGCCCAGCAGGUCCACAGGGUGCAAGAGGAUUCCAGGGUGAGUCAGGCCCAAAUGGGCCCAAAGGUGAUAUUGGUAUGGUUGGUGCACCAGGCCCAAGGGGAACCAAAGGUGAGCAGGGAGCUCAGGGUUUCACUGGAAAACCAGGUAGCCCCGGAGCAGUAGGUCCUGCUGGACUACCAGGUCAUCAUGGUGCUCAAGGUUCCAAGGGUGAAAAAGGCCAUGGUGGAGCCCCAGGAAUGCCCGGUUCAAACGGUGGCCCAGGACCAAAAGGACACACAGGACCUGCAGGAUCAUCAGGAAAACCUGGUGAAAUGGGAAGGCCAGGAGGCAUGGGCCAAGUUGGACCCCCUGGUCCAUCAGGUCCCUCUGGGCUUAAGGGCCAUCCAGGUCUUCCAGGCCCACCUGGCCCAGCUGGCCAGGUUGCUAAAGGACUUGCUGGCCCUCAUGGUCCCCCUGGAAUUCCAGGUGCCAGAGGUCAAGAUGGUCUCCCAGGACCCUCUGGUCCCCCAGGUCCACCUGGUGCACCAGGAGAGGUGAUUUACCACCACGAGAAAGCCAUGCCAGUCAAGUCUCAUGAAGUUGUGAUGCCUCAUGAGAUGAUGAAGGCCCCCAUGUCUGCCUUCAGUGCUGUGCUGACCCAGGCCUACCCUCCAGCUGCAACCCCUAUUGUGUUCAACCAGGUUCUGUAUAACGGUGAGCAGCAUUACGACAGUCACAGUGGUGUGUUUUCCUGCCAGGUCCCAGGCCUGUACUACUUCAGCUUCCAUGUCCAUGUCAAUGGUGCAAAUGCUCUUGUAGCUCUCUACAAAAAUGAUGAGCCAGUUCUUUUCACCUAUGAUGAGUACAACAAGGGCUUCCUUGAUCAGAUGUCAGGCAGCACAGUCCUCAACCUGCAUCCUGGUGACAGAGUCUACGUUCAGGUCCCUGAUGAGGAGAGUAAUGGUAUAUUUGCAGCUGACAAUGUUCACUGCAUUUUCUCUGGGUUCUUGAUUGCCUCAACGUGAUUUCACAAAAUUCCCUUAUAAACCUCACAACAUUACAAAACAUAGAACUGCUCAGAGAAAUGAAUCAGGUUAAAACUCAAAACUGAGAAUUUAGAAAGAAGAAAGGUAAUCUUAACAAGUAAAAACUGCCUCAUUUAUUUCUGUACAAUAAUCAGAAAGUCUUUAAUUUGUUACUUGACCAACAAAGGUAUUAAUGUAUAAUACUUUAAAAUUGAUGGUUCAACUUGACCCCUUUAUCCAGUUGCCCCACUGUGUGUGGCUUACAGUUUUAGAAAACGUGAGAAAAUAUUGACACAGAUUUCUUAAGUGGUGCUUUACAUCUGCCUGUAACAUUUACAGUACGCCUUUUACAUGUGUUUAUUUUUUUAAUGUCUGUUGUUCAAGAUUUUUCCUGUGAUAUGAAUACGAAAGACACGCAAAACUGUUGUACUUUAUGUCAUUAGAGAUCAGCACACUCACAAGCACUGUGACAAAAAGAACAAUGCAGAAUGAGAAAAUCAAACUGAUUGUUUCAAACAACAAUGUCCCAUUGGAUGUGUUAAGUUGUGUACCACUUACCGACCAAAACACAGAAUAAAACUUAUAGUUUGAAAAA